AUGAGACUCACUGAAGUUAUUCCUGCAGCAUUGCUGCUCAAGCAUGCCAUGGCUCAGACGCCUGGUCCCGGUCCAGCGUUGGUCACUCCUGUUCCCGACCCUGCUCCCAGGAACCAGAGCAAAAACGCGGACCCUCCUGAGCCGGAUCCAAAUGGAAUCAUCUCUGUCAUUACGGAUGACUACCUCGUUUAUUGCCCUCCCACCUAUCCUCCCAUCAUCAAGAGUUCGGUCCAGGGAAGCGAGACUCAGAUAGUCACUCAGUAUCCUCCCCCUGAGAAGCCCGUCUACCCUGCUCCUGGAAAGCCUGCGCAGCCUCCUCCUCCUCCAGCCCCCGAGAAGUCAGCUCCUCCAGUCCCUCCCGUGGUGCCGCCGCCUCCACCUGGAAAGCCAACUCCAGUUCCGGUUCCUCCUCCUGGCAAGCCCGCUCCCCCGCCAGCUCCGGGCCAGACAGUCCCUCCGGUCGCCCCGCCGCCGCCUCCUCCCGCCGAACAGCCCGCUUCUCCCGUCCCCGCUCCUCCGGCUGGACCUACAACUCAGCCUCCAGCUCCGCCUGUUCGGGCCGCUGGUAGCAAGAUCACAAGCAGGGCCUUGGGUGCUUUCGUUGUGGCUGGUGUUGCCGCCUUGGCCGUCUAA